AAAAAAAAAAAAAAGAAGAAGAAGAAGCACCAGUUAUGACCAAUACCCGAAAACAACUCCAUCACUAACAGAAAAUUUAAAGACCAAAAAUCAUUAUCCUUUAACCAAAGCAUUUGAGAAAAAAGAAAAGGGUAAACAGGGAGGGAAAAAAAAGUACUUCUGCCAAUAUGUUCAUUGCAUGUGUUGUUGUCCAGCUUCAUAUAUGAAAAUAAAAAACCGGUUUUGUUUUAUUUAUUAGAAAAGUUUUCUUCUCAAUUUGAUAAUGCGUGUGUUGUAGAAGAAAAUGGGGAACGUAACGUCGAAUGUGGCUGCAAAGCUUGCAUUUUUCCCACCAGACCCACCGACGUAUAAAGUUUGCAGGGAAGAAAAUGGGAAGCUGGUCAUGCCGGGGGUGACGGCUGACAAAAACAUGGAUGUCAAUUUAAUCGACACCAAAGGUGGGAACAAGAUCGUGGCCACGUUUUGGAGACACCCUUUUGCCAGGUUCACCCUUUUGUAUUCCCAUGCCAAUGCUGCUGAUAUUGGCCAAAUGCAUGAAUUGUUUUAUGAACUCAGAGCCCACCUUAGGGUCAAUAUUAUGAGUUAUGACUAUUCAGGCUAUGGAGCAUCAUCUGGCAAGCCGACUGAGCUCAACACAUAUUAUGACAUAGAGGCAGUGUACAAUUGUUUGCAGAAGGAAUACGGGGUUAAGCAGGAAGACUUAAUACUUUACGGCCAAUCCGUCGGAAGUGGACCAACUCUACACUUGGCUGCUCGUUUACCAAAACUACGAGGAGUCGUUCUUCAUAGUGCUAUCCUUUCCGGCAUUCGAGUCUUGUAUCCUGUUAAGAUGACAUUUUGGUUUGAUAUAUUUAAAAAUAUAGACAAAAUACGGCGGGUCACUUCUCCGGUUCUAGUUAUGCAUGUAAGUAUGAGACCGUUGAUUGGUCUCAUGGGAAGCGAUUAUGGGAACUUUCGAAGGAAAAGUACGAGCCUUUAUGGGUGA